AUGAACCGUGUUACAGAUACUAUUAUAGUGUUGGUGAAAACACCCGAAUUAUAUGAUAUAAUAUUGGGAAGUAUAGUUUCAACUGUUCAAGAAAUGUUAUCAUGCGAAUUAUCAUUGACUACAGAAAAGGAUGCUAUUCAAGUGAUUAAACUACAUAGUUUUAACAAGAUAUUGAUUGUAUCACCAAAUGAAAGCAUAAGCAAAAUGGUGAUGAGCAAAACAACUUCGUUAAUACAUAAUAUAAAAUGUUAUUAUUCUUUAAAGAAUAGCAAUAAUAUGUCUAAAAAUGACAACGAUUUUUAUUUGAAAAUACCAAAGAAUGAUAAACUUUUUUUAAUAUCCCCACCCGCUUCACCGCCUAACGAGUUUGACUAUACUAAAAGGGAAGACGUGCCCCGUAGUAAUGAUAACAGACACUGUAAUUAUAAUUAUGCUUUAAAUAAUGAUAGUUUAAAUAAUGGUAGCUAUGCCACCACUAUGGACAAUGGCAACAACAGUGAAAACGAUAAUACACAACAGGAAGCCACAUUAUUAAGUAAUUCUAUGUUGAAAAUAAUACUAACUAAGCCAAAAAAUACGAUUGUCGAUAACAUUGCUCCUGAUACGUCUAUAAAUGAAUUUAGAACAAGUCUCCCACCUAAAUCUAUUUUUGAUGACGAUGAUUAA